GUUUAGACUUCUGACUUGCACAUAUGUGACCUCCUCCCACCUCUGUUGUUUUUUACGUCAGGCCACCAACUCCGAAGACAGGGAGGCGGUCAACUUGAAGAAGCUGGUCAAGGGCCACGCCUACUCCGUCACGGGCUUGGAUGAGGUGGUCUUCUGUGGAAACCUGACCAAGCUGGUCCGCAUCAGAAACCCGUGGGGGCAGGUAGAGUGGACCGGCGCUUGGAGCGACAAUUCUCGAGAAUGGGACAGCGUGGACCCUGACGUCCGCGCUCGGCUACAAAACCGCAGCGAGGACGGUGAAUUCUGGUUGUCCUUCAGCGACUUCCUGCGUGAGUUCAGUUUGAAAAUCUGUAACCUGACAGCCGACGCCCUCCAGAACAGCCAGAUGACGACAUGGAGCUCAUCGCUGUAUCCCGGCGAGUGGAGACGGGGCAGCACGGCCGGAGGCUGCCGGAACAAUCCUGCGACCUUUUGGCUAAAUCCGCAGUUCAAGUUGCUGCUGCGGCACCCCGACGCGCCCGGCACUUCGGAUUGCAGCUUCCUUGUGUCGCUCAUGCAGAAAGACCACAGGAAGAAGCGGCGGGAAGGCAAAAACAUGGAGACCAUCGGCUUCGCCGUCUACGAGGAUGGUGUUCCCGACGAGGCUAAAGGGCAGACGGGGGUCCACUUGAAGCAGAACUUCUUCCAGACGCACGCUAUUAGCGCUCGCUCCGAAUGCUUCAUCAAGUCGAGGGAGGUCAGCAGGCGUCUGCGUCUCCCGGCCGGCGAGUACGUCAUCGUGCCGUCCACCUUUAAGCCGCACAAGGAGGCCGACUUCAUCCUGCGGGUUUUCUCCGAGAAGGCCGCCGACUCCGAGGAGCUGGAUGACGACGUGGUGGCGGAGCUUCCGAUCGAGAACUAUUUGGACGAGAGUCAGAUUGACGCCGGCUUCAAGAGUCUCUUCCGACAGCUGGCUGGUCCGGACAUGGAGAUCAGCAUCAACGAGCUGCAGACCAUCCUGAACCGCAUCAUCGGCGAGCAAAAAGACCUCAAGACGGACGGCUUCACCAAAGAGGCGUGUCGCAGCAUGAUCAACCUCAUGGACUCGGACGGCAGUGGCAAGCUGGGCUUGGUCGAGUUCAACGUGCUGUGGGAGAAGAUUCAACGCUACAUGACCAUAUUCAGGAACUAUGACCUGGACAAGUCGGGAAGCAUGAGCUCCUACGAGAUGAGGAAGGCGCUGGAGUCCGCAGGCUUCAAGCUGACCAAUCACCUGUUCCAGCUCAUCAUCCUGCGAUACGCCGAGGAAGACAUGGCCGUCGACUUUGACAACUUCGUCACAUGUCUCGUCCGCCUGGAGUCCACGUUCAAAACAUUCAAGAUCAUGGACACGGACGCAGACGGCGUCAUCGCACUCAACGUCUCCCAGUGGCUCUCCCUCACCGUGUUCGCCUAGACCCCAGCAGGCAGCCUACCCGGUGCCUUCAGAUGCCGUGACGUCAUCAAUUCAGGAUGAAGCCUAAAAGCACCAUAACCUUUGACGGUGAACUUUAUUUGACCUUUUCUAAACUUAAGACUGUUCAGUUGGUCAAUAUAUCAGUACUUUUUGCACAAAUUGCUGUUCUCUAACAAGGAGCUGAACAACAAAAAUUCACAAUGUGUUUGAUUCAUGGAACUUUCCAAGCAUAUACACUCCUAUGCCUUUCUGUGACUCUUCCAGUUGCAACCUGCUGAUGACUUCUGUGUGACACUUGAAAUGGCAAGGUACUGUUGAUGAAUUGUUAGGGGGUGUUUGGGACUUAUGAUGUCAAAAUGUUACCAGCGUAACAUCAAGCUUUGUUAAAAUACAUAUUUUAAUUGAACCAGGAAAUGUAUUAACACAUGUUGUGAUGUUGCCGGCAAGUUGUGCAAAAAGGACUGAAUCAUUGAACAGUUGGACAUGUGAAUUAAAAUGUUCAGUAAAGGUCAAAUGAAGUUCACCGGGGUUUAAAGAUCAUAAUGUAUUUUAGGUUCGUCCUGAAAAUUUCCCCUUUAAAAGCCCAACAGCCCUAAUUUUUCUCAAGUGGUGUAUAUUGUUAACAACAAAUUAAUUUUAAAAUCAGAAGUCAUGGAAAAUUAUGGUAUGUAAAUAUUUAAGUGUAAAACGACUGUUCCAUUUUAGUUAAGAGGGUAUUUCGUGUAAAAAAAAAUGAAGAGUACAGAAAAAGUGCAAUUUUGGUAAAAGAAAAGAACCAACCCAUUGAUACAGAAACAUGAAGUCGACACAUUUUCAUUUCGUGGGCCACAUAAAGUGAUGCGGCAGGCAUAUGUGGGCCCCAGUCCUUGAGUUUGACACCUGUUAGUUUAGCGUUUUGUAACCUCACCGCCAUCUCGUGCGGACCCGCGUGGGGUUCCCAUAUUCACCUUUUUGCACAUUUGCGUUAUUGUGCGUCAAGCCAAGCCCGAGACGAACAGAGUAGUUGCAGGCGUGAGGUGUAGACACGGCUUCCAGCUAUGCUUCCUGUGCCAAACUGCUCGCCAUUUUUGGGAGCACCAAGUAUAACCGUGACAGUGAUGACAUGCAUGUGUAGCUUUUUUUUAUGGUGGAACAAAAAACACUUUUGUCACUCUGAAGAAGAACAUCCUGUUUACACGCAUUAUGAAAGCCGAUCAAUGUCACAGAGUGUGUCGUAAUAAAUAACUUUGAUGAA